UGACAAUGACAUUUUUGAAUUUGGUUUUUCAAACUUGUAUUGAAAAUUAAAUUUUAUAAUAUUUUCUGUAUGGCGUGGUAAAGUCUACAUAAAACAAUGAGUUCGAACUUAAAAAGUAUUGUAGAAUAUCAUGGACCGCACGACAAUUACAAGUGUGGAUAUUGCAAGAGUUCAGACACGAAUUUCAGUGAUGGUAUGUGGGCUCAUGUCCUAACUGUUUCCGAUUACCAAGACCUCAUAGAUAGAGGAUGGCGGAGAUCAGGGCAGUAUUGUUACAAACCAACCAUGAAUGUAGUUUGUUGCCCCAUGUAUACCAUAAGGUGUGCAGUGUCAGACUUCAAGCCCACGAAAUCCCAGAAGAAGGUUUUAAAGAGGUUCAACAAGCACCUCACCAGGGGCAGUUCUUCUGAGGUUCAGUCCGGUGAGAGUCGCAAGAUGUCAACUUGCAGCACAGAGUCUGACGCCACCAACGAUGCGGAGACUGCUGCAGGGGAAGGUGGAGAGGUCUUUGUGGAGAGCAACAAGACCCAUCAAGAUAUAAAUGUAGGUGAUGUUAUAGCAAGCUUUGAAGAACAAGAGAAAAUGGAUGCUGAUACAAAAAAUGAGACAGAAAAAAGUGGAACUAGUAAUUCAAGUACAGAACAAAGGACAUCUGAUGCAAUACAGCACAAAGCAUUGAAAAAAGGAUUAGGCGCCGAUCCAGAGAAAGCACCAUGUAAAAAAGCCAAACAACUGAGAAAAGAAAGAAAAUUAGAGAAAUUAAAAGAAAAAGGCAUUGAUAUUAGUACAUUACAAAAUGCCAAUAACAGAAAAAAUAAAGAAAAGCAAAUUGAAGACUUCAUAAAUGAUUUACCUGAAGAUCUCAAAAACAAAGUAGAGGUAAAGUUAGUUAGAACCAGCCCGCCGAGUCCUGAGUGGGUUGCCACCGCUAAAGAGACCUAUGCAGUAUAUGUGAAGUACCAGACUGUGGUGCACAAUGAUAAGCCGGAGAAGUUCUCUCAGUUUAAGAAUUUCCUUGUGGAGAGCCCUUUAGUGGAGGAGUACCGCGCCAACGGCCCCCCCUGCGGCUACGGCUCGUUCCACCAGCAGUACUGGCUGGGCGGCUCCCUAGUGGCGGUCGGCGUGGUGGACAUCCUGCCCGCGUGCGUCUCGUCCGUCUACUUCUUCUACGACCCGCAGUACAUGCACUUGACGCUCGGGACUUACGGCGCUCUUAGAGAGAUCGCGUUCACAAGGCACCUUCACAACGUUGCACCAGACCUGAAGUAUUACUACAUGGGCUACUACAUCCACUCCUGCCGCAAAAUGCGGUACAAAGGAAACUUCACCCCCUCCUACCUACUCUGCCCAGAAACCUACAAGUGGUUCCCUAUCAAAGACUGUAUACCCAAACUAGAGGCGGCAAAAUACUGCCGGCUUAACCCAGACUUAGACGACAUUGAUGAAAACUUCCCUAAGGAAUCAGACAUUGGGUAUAUCCCCGUCUGGGUCAACGGUAUUGUGAUGCACCACAGAGUGUAUAAGAGAAAGUUCUCGAAUAAAGUUAUUGAAGAGGAUGAGGAACUAAUGAAGUACGCUAAGCUGGUAGGCAGCAAGAGCACUAAAAGCCUUAUUUUAGUUAAAUAGUUUGUUUGAUAUGAUAAAGACUUCUUCUUCUUAAGCAUAAGCCAGUCAGAGCAGUUGUUAGUAGCUAACUACCCAGAGUGAGGACAAGUAUAUAAAUGUGGCUGUGCUGGCUCCUUUCAUACACCCCAUAAAGAAUUGUGUUGCGCUUUUAAUCCCUAGCUACCCUAGAUGUUUUCAAUGGACGUUGUGCAAUGCUGGUAUACCAUGAUUAUCUGAGUUUACUGUCAGUGUUCCACCCAAGUAUUUUUUCUCUAUGUAUAUCUUUUUCUUAUUCUCAGUCUUUAUCGCCAGAGAAAAACGGUACAACUAGAUCAUAUGCCUCUGGUGAAAAUAUUAUAUCAUCAGACUAGUGUCAGUUGCUGACUGUCCAGAAUGCGUCUGAUGCAUAUAAGUUACAGGUGGAUUGUCACCGGGAGAGGUUCCUUUCGUGCUCUUUGUAUUUUUGCUAGUCAUAAAACAAUAUAUCCACAAUAAAAAUGCUUUGAAAGACUUUGAGAAAAAUGCAAAUAAGUUCAGUCUAUUUAGAUCUUUAGGUAGUAAAUUUUGCCCCACAAUACAAAUAUAUUAUGAUUUAAUAAAUACUUAGUCAUAAAUGUCUAUAAUAAAUUGUAAAUAUAGCGGUAAUUAUUUGUCUUUGGUCGCCAGACGUCUACUAACCUAAUAUGACAAAAUUUACAAUAAAUAGAUAUGAAUUAAAUUGCAGGCAGCUAUGAUACAUGAAAACCUACUUAAUAAAACUAUAUGUAAAAAGAAUAUUGUAAUAGUAAAGUACCGGGUACCUUGUAACUUUCUUGAUAUUCCCACGUCUUUUUUAAGACUGUCUAUGUGUGAGUCGCGAGUAUUGUUAAUAUUAUUAAAAUACAUACAUAUUCGUUAUCUAUACCAUAAUAAUAAUACAUACUAUACUUACAUAGCUACAUACUUCAAGAAGCAUGCUCUGGCAUACUUACUAUCGAUUAUGUAGACGUUUGGCGCCAGUAAAAUUAGUUUUAAUGGAUUGUCAGUUAUUAUGUGUAUAAACUUUAAUGAUAUUGGCAAAACAUUUAAUAACUUACAAUAAAAAAAUACUUAGGUAUACUUAGAUAGUGUCCAAAAUUCCAAUGGAAUAAAAAUAACUUUAGUAGGAAUGAAUGUAAUUUUCUCCCAUUUGUGUUGCAAUAAAAUAUUAAAUAUA